AUGUCAAAUAGCGCGCAUCACGGCGCGCCGUAUUCUACAUUUCCUGCCAUCUUCGCACAGUUCUCCUCGGAAGACCUCGUGCUUGGCGGUGGUGUGGCCAUCUUCCACCUUGCAUCGGAGCGGGUCGUCAUAUGCAGCGCCGAGGACCACCAUGGGAGAAAGUACUACUUCCUGCCGAAAGGACGGCGGGAUGCGGGCGAAGAAAGUGGAAGAGGAGCGGAGAGAGAAGGAUAUGAAGAGUCAGGCUACCGCAACCGCCUCCUUCCACUACCUACGAAGCACCAACAACCGCAAGCGCACCCGCGCGUCUCCGAGACUCCCCUCACCGCUGAGGCAGUAUGGAUGCAGAUGAUGCCUCUGUGCUACGCCUCGAAGCAAUACGUCCUGUAUUGGUAUAUCGCCGAGACCUUGCCUCUCGAGCUUGAAAAAGAACUGGAGACAAAAGCCGGCGAAGCAUAUAAACCGCCUCCACCAUUUCCGAAUAACUUAACACUUCGCGAACGGGUGCAGAUGGAGCCAACUGGAUAUGAACCUGCGCAUCAUGAGAACACUGGUGUUGACGAGGAGGAGCGGACGUACAAGAGCCAUCUAGUGCCUGUUCACGAAGCUGUGCAGAAGUUGGGGAAGAGCGGAGUCAUGGCUGAUGUGAUUAUGAGGGGUUGGAAAGGGAUACAAGAUCGGUAUGCAAUGGAAGAAGGCAUCAAUUCUCACAGCCCUGAGCAAACGAGUUGA